CUCUGACGUACAUAAAGAGCUUCCGCCGGAAGUAGUUACGUUUUUAGCAAAGCAGAGUUUCCGGUCGGGUUUCGGCGCCGGUGUUUGUCGGCUGGACUAACCAGAAUGGUGGAGAAGAAACCUUCGGUGCGGUCCCAAGACCCCGGGCAGCGGCGUGUGCUGGACCGGGCAGCCCGGCAGCGCCGAAUCAACAGGCAGCUGGAGGCCCUGGAGAACGACAACUUCCAGGACGACCCCCAUGCUGGCCUUCCUCAGUUAGGCAAGAGGCUGCCACAGUUCGACGAUGACGCCGACACUGGAAAGAAGAAGAAGAAAACUAGAGGUGAUCAUUUUAAACUUCGUUUUCGUAAGAACUUCCAAGCCCUUUUGGAAGAGCAGAAUUUAAGUGUGACUGAGGGCCCUAACUAUCUCACAGCCUGUGCAGGCCCCCCAAACCGACCCCAGCGCCCCUUCUGUGCAGUGUGUGGCUUCCCCUCUCCUUAUACUUGUGUCAGCUGCGGAGCUAGAUACUGUACUGUUCGAUGCCUUGGCACACACCAAGAGACACGGUAAGUACAACCUUGGGGAAGUCAGUCCUCUCUAGGCUUCAGUUUCCUCAUCUGGAAAAAAAAGGAGUCAGAUCAGAUGAUCUCUCAAAUUCUCCUGUGAUCCCUGAAGAACCUGGAAAUUGUUUGGAACAUUUGUACAUAAAAUUUUUGAUUGGAACAGAAAUGGUGACUGCCUAUUAUUUGCUGACCAAGAAUUUCCAAAAUUCACACAGGUAAGGGAACAGGAUGUUGGUAGCAUUGGGUGUGGAAAUUAGAUUAGGCGUAAAAUAGAUUCCAAUUUACUGAUAAGGACCCCUGAUCAAGGACUACCUCAGUGAAAAAAACCAGUAAUAAUCUCAAAUUCAACAAACAUUAUGAGGGGAAGGUAUAAGAGAGGAAUCAAAUCCAAUUUGUGCAAGGCAGAAAUCGGAUGCAGAGAGACAGCGGGGGAGGUGCAAGAAGAAAAAACUCAAGAUUCCAGGCAGAGAAUCUGAAGCUUGGGAACUCCAACUGAUUUCCUAACAUCUCCCAGCUAGGAGCCAGGGAAGAAGCAGCUCUCUCUGGCUAGGAAGGAGCUUGGGUCUCUCUGGAGAUCGUUGUUUCCCCGUGAACCCCUGAAUAUCUCUCAAUCAGCUCUCAACAACAGCUCAGUCAUCAAUGAAUAUUUUGCACCCCCCCCCCUUGGAAAGGACCCCUUUUUCAAGGAUCUCUAUUUUUCAUCUCUCUCACUAACUUGUUCCUAAACUCCAGUAUUCAAACUAGUUAGCUCAGGAGUAGGGACCAAAUCAGGAGCUGGCUGGAAGAGGGGUCCAGGCUGAGAGCCUGAACCCUGAGAUCUUGGGAGGGGCUCAGUCUGCCAGAGGGGGCAAGUCCAUAGGGCUUCCUGCUCACCCACUUCCCUUACCUGACCCCAUACCUCUCCUUUCCUUGUAAGAACCCAAAUAAAGUGUCUAUUACUUAGAAUUAGCUCUGGCAAGUUUCUGAUAUUGGGAAAGGGGCUGAAGAUUUGGGGAGAACCAUACCUCUCCCCAGAGAGGAGGGUUAGCUCAGGAUUCCAAGGAUCCAAACAACUAGAUCCAAGGAGCAGUCCUCUCUCCUGGGCUGAGGAGUAAGGUGUGGGGGGGUGGCAGUUGAUAUAUUGUGAACUUCAGAUUACCCUACUUAAUCUGACAAAAACAAGAGUGUCUACACCCAUACUUAAGGAUUAAGUAUUUAGGAGGAUGGCCUAUGUGCUAGCAAAUGACAAAUCAGAAACAACUGACAGACCCCUGGGCUGCCCUAAGUCAAGCUUAAGCUGCCAUUGGUACAUGUAAGACGCAGGAAAAUGAUGUAAAAACCGUCUAUAUGUUUUGCAUCACUUCCUUUCUCUGGUCUCUGGCGGCAGAGAGGUGACUGGAGGAGUGUGCCAAGCGUUUCGGCAUCUUGGGUGGUGGCUGCUAUUGUCUGGGUUUAGCAGUGAGUUUUCCUUGAUACCAUACUGGAGGAAGCUGAGUAGCCUAGUUCAGUGAGGCAUCUUUACUGAGCCCUCUUGGAGUUUAGGCUGAUUCUUUCUCCUUUACCUUCCAAACACUCUCCUCCUAGAAAGCCACUAAUCUUCAGAGGCAUUGUGGCAGAGAACUUUGAACUACCCCUGGCACAGGCCAGGCGGGAGAAAUCCUACACCUUUUCACUCUCCCUUCUCCUUAAUUCCUUCCCUCUAUAUUAAUUAAACCACCAUAAAUUUGCAAACUGACUUGGGUAUUUUCUUUGGGAUAUUCCCUGGUGACCAAAAUUAAUUUAGAUUAGGUCAUAACCCUAAAAUUAUCCUUACAAUACCUGAGGGACCUAGAGGCAGAAGAGUCCAUCCUAACUCUCAAUAGUCACUGAGACCCAAAAGGGAGGCAGUGUGUUAUUUUACCAAAGCUCUUCCUUUAGUUCUUAACCUCCACCUCCCAGAAGCAUUCUCUGAGGAGACAUACUCUUUCCCUCAGGAAGACAAAACUGGGUUACCUUCCUUCAAAGGGGAGAGAGAGGAAGGUCAAUCUUCUCCCUCCAUUCUUUCAACUCUGGUCUCUCCCUCCAUUUCCUCUGUGUGUAUGUUCCCUUUCUGGCCAUAUAUUACAAAGGGAAUGCUUGGAGAAUCCUAGAUCUCCUGAAAAUAUCCCAGAACGACUUAAAAAUUCAUUCUAAAAAAGAAAUAACCAUCUACAGACUACUUUGGUUAGUCCAGGAAAUCAUAGAGAGACCCCCAGAGUCCAAAGAUCCCAAGAUAGUCAAGCUGAGGUAGGCAACCAGGGGAGCAGCUAAGUGGUUUUGCUGAGUUCUAGCAGCCUGAAGCAUCUUGAAACUGGCUCAGCAGUAAUGGCCUGAAUCUAACCACAGGAGAAAUGCUCUCCAUAAAAUCCAUCUUUAAUAGUCUCAGAAGCCUGUAGUGGGUGAAGCGAGAGGGACCUAAUGGAGGAAAAGCCUUAUGACAAAGGAAGAGCUCCCAGGCAGAGCCCAGCACCAGAGCAACUCCAUUGAUCCUUGAAGAAAGGGCCCAGUAUGGCCUCCUAUAGCAAGUUCAGAAGACCCUGCCCAUGCCAAUCAUUUGUAGAGACUGACCCAAGUAUAGCUCUGAAAUCUAGUUAUUGACAUGGAUGAGAUAAGCAAACUAAGAAAAACUCCAAAUAUCAUGAGGAAAUACUUCAGUUUAAGAGACACCCAGGGGAAUCAACUAAGGAAGAUAGUGAGAUCACAAUUCCAAGUAAAAAAUGUGUCCUGGACAUAGAAACUGUAGAAAUACCUGGAAAAAACGAAACAGGCCACAGAUUAUUCAGUGGAAAACUUCACCUAAGAUCAAAAUGCCUUAAAAAUUAGAAUAGGUCAAACAUAAAACGAUGACUUAGUAAGACAAGAUAUAUUAAAACAAGACCAAAAAAUUCAGGGGAAAACAAAUAUAAGAAAUACAUCAAAAACAACUGACCUGGAAGAUAGUUAAGGGAGGGAUAACCCAAGAAUUAUUAGGCUAUCUGGAAAUGAUUAUUUUUCUUACAUCUGAUUUUCUUAUUUCAAGAAAUUCUAAAACUGCACAAAUCUCUUUUGAAGCAAAAUAAAGUAGUCUCUUAUUGAAAGAGAAUGAAUGAAAAGAAAAUGGAAAAACCUCAGGAAUCAUUGCCUAAAUCCAGAACAUCCAGGUCAAAGAAGAAAUACUGCAAGAAGCCAAAAAAGAAAUCAAGUGCCAAGGGGCCACAAUCAGGAUCACAAGAAACUUAAGUCAGCCCUCAUGUAGGAGAGGAGAGGUUGGAAUGUAAUACUGUUAAAAUCAAGAAAUAAAGACUUACAAUCAGGGAUCACUUAAAUAGAAAACAUAAAUAUAGCAGUGCAUAUAAUGAGACAGGAUUUUCAAGCAUUUCUGAAGAAAAGGCCAGGACUGAGUAAACAUUUGGAAAUGGAAACACAGGAACCAAGAGAACUGUAGAAAGGUUUACAUAUUUAAUUGAAAGGAGAUGAAUUGUUUACAUGUUAAGGAUUAAAAAAAUGUCUCCUCAAAACGCUAAUGUCCAUAUAGGAUCAUAAAGAUAAAAGGGGAGAGUUUGUGUUUUGUCUUAGGAGAGGACAAAAGUGUGAGGGGCAGAUAAUUGUACUGGGAAAGAGGAGAAAGGAGGAAAAUCACACGAUUGGUGCAUAAGAUAUGGUUAUGGGGGGAAACAGGCAUCCCAAGAACCUAAAUUUCUUCUGUACCAGAUAAAGGAAGAUUGAACACCCCUCCCCAACCCCCACCUCAUAAACACACCUACACACAGAUUUUGAUAUAAGAAUACAUCAAAUGUAACAGGAAAAUGAGGAGGCAGGGACAAGGGAGAGGUAGAAAGGAAUCUAAUAGGGAAGGCAGGAUGGGCAUAUUGGGAAGAAUGAAGUAAGGAUUAAAAGGAAAAGUGAAAAACCUGGAAUAUGGCCAGGGUAGAGUAAAGAGACAAGAAAUGCACCUGAGAGAAAAUAGACUGUUUCACUUAGAUACUUUACAAGUAUCAGUCAAACUUCCUCUUUACUAUCACUUUUGUGAAAAAGGAUGGGAACAAUGAAUAAAGCAAGAACACAGAUAGGAUGGAAGGAAAUAAUUGAAACUGUGAAUGUGAAUGAGUUCACCCAUAAAACAUGAUAGAAAAAUGGAUUGGAAAACAGUUUAACAAUGUUGAAGCACAAAGAUUCAUAGAGUUAAAAAAAGAUUUGGAAAUUUUCAGCUGAAUUAAAAAAGUAAUGAUGAUUUCAGAUAAUGCUACAAUAUACAUAAAGGGUUUCUUUCUGGUGGAGAAUGUCCAAACAAAAUGCUUUUGAAUAUAAUAAAAUAUUAGGUUGCCAAAAGAAAUGACAAAGUAGUUUCAAAGGAAACAGACGAUAUCUGUGAACUAAUGCAGAAGCAAAGAGUACAGAACCAGAAUAGUUUAAAUAACUGACUGAUUUAGGGGGCAGCUGGGUAGCUCAGUGGAUUGAGAGCCAGGCUUAGAGAACCUAAAUCCUAGGUUUAAAUCUGACCUCAGCCACUUCCCAGCUGUGUGACCCUGGGCAAGUCACUUAACCCCCAUUGCCUAGCCCUUACCACUCUUCUGCCUUGGAACCAAUACACAGUAUUCACUCCAAGACAGACGGUAAGGGUUUAAAAAAAACAAUUGACUAAUUUAUAAAGACAACACUGAAAGAAUUUAGAACUUGGAUCAGUAGAAUGGCAAGCAGCUAUUCUAGAGAAUUAUAGGAGAACCAAACAUACAAAAUUUACAACAUUAAACAAAAUUUAAGUCAAGAUAAUUGACUUAAAAUUAAGAAUAAGAUAUAUAUUUUUGGGCUUGGCCAAUGUGGGAAUUCAUUUUAUUUGAGAAUGCAUAUCAGUUAAGGUAGCACAGUGGCUAGUGUUGGGCCAAAGGUUCAUCUUCCCGGAGUUCAAAUCUGAGGCACUUCCUAGCUGUGUGACCUUGGGCCAGUCAUUUAGCCCUGUUUGCCUUUCCUUAUCUGUAAAAUAACAUGGAGAAGGAAAUGGCACACCACUGUACUACUAUCUUUGCCAAGAAAACUCCAAAUGGGGUCAUGAAGAGUCUGAUAUGACUGAAAACAACUGGAUAACAAAAAAAUUAUAAAA